UUUUGCUGGUGGCGGCGGGCGCGGCGCGGUCGCCAUGAAGGCUUCGGGCACGCUGCGAGAGUACAAGGUGGUGGGGCGCUGCCUGCCCACCCCCAAGUGCCACACGCCACCCCUCUACCGCAUGCGCAUCUUCGCCCCCAACCAUGUGGUGGCCAAGUCCCGCUUCUGGUACUUCGUGUCGCAGUUGAAGAAGAUGAAGAAAUCUUCCGGCGAGAUCGUCUACUGUGGGCAGGUGUUCGAGAAGUCUCCCCUGCGGGUGAAGAACUUUGGGAUCUGGCUGCGUUACGACUCCCGCAGCGGCAGCCACAACAUGUACCGAGAAUACCGGGAUCUCACCACGGCCGGCGCCGUCACCCAGUGCUACCGAGACAUGGGUGCCCGGCAUCGUGCCAGGGCUCACUCCAUCCAGAUCAUGAAGGUGGAGGAGAUCCCUGCUGGCAAGUGCCGCCGGCCAGCUGUCAAGCAGUUCCACGACUCCAAGAUCAAGUUCCCACUGCCCCACCGGGUCCUGCGGCGCCAGCACAAACCACGCUUCACCACCAAGAGGCCCAACACCUUUUUCUGAGCUGCUGGGACCAAAUAAACUUGGCAGUGUG